ACCUUGCUGGCUCUCAGCUCGACUGCCUUCGGCAUCGCAUUCCCUGGGCCUGCUCCAACCGCAGCAAGCGAAGCCAAUUUGAAUGGCCGCUCACCAAGACCUACUGGGGGACCCCCAUCUCUCGCCGAGCUCUUCCGUCGUCAACAAGCGGAUGAUGGUGUCUGCGGCUACCUCGAUGGAGAGAGCGAUGCUCCUGUGUCCUGCACGGUUGGAAACUGUCUUUACGACGAAAGAAUCUCCUGGUUUGGUUGCUGUACUGGCACCAUGCGUUCCGACUGUCAACUGUUCACGACUUGUGUGGGCUCAGCGUCCAUCAACUCCUGCCUCUCCAAUUCAGCUUGCGCCAACGACGAAUACGCACUCGCUUGUACUGCUUCUACAGCAGGCGUGUGUAUGACUAUGUGGGGCUCCGUAACUAAAGGCACGGUGAACCACUACGUGUGCGGCUCAACGAGCACGAGGGUGCAGGUCCUCGCAACACCCACAGGAAGCUCAGCGACAACAAGGGCAGUCACCACUGCUCAAUCUACGGCUGGUGCUAUGAAGACGGCGCAGGUGGUACUUGGAGCUGCUGGAGGCCUUGCAGGUGUCAUUGCC